AUGGUUUUUCGUUCCAACAGAUUGAAAGAGGACAAGCUGAUGAUUGAUUUGGGUGAGGACAAAGUGAAAACAUCAUUAAUAAUAAGAAAAGAAUCAGCUUUGUUCAAAGCUUUGGAUAUGUAUAUUUUGAAGAGGGUUGCUCUGCUUGGCGUAGUGUUGAAAAUGACCGAUUCGUUAACUAGAAAGCGAGGGUCGCUAAAGAGCUCCCUAACAAAUUUUGUUAAACACGUAGAUAGUAAGAAAGACCUAGAUAAACUGAGUGAAACCGACCUGAUCCAGCUAGAAGAAAGAUUAGAUCGCGUGAAAAUAGUAUUUGAUGAGUUCGAGGAGGUGCAAAACCAUAUAGAAUUGGCAGCCUCCGAAGAAGCUCUCCAGAAGGAAUAUGAAAUUAGGGCCACCUUCGAAGACACGUAUUACGAUUACCGGUCUAUUGCCAAGUCCCUGUUAGCAAGUAAAGUAAUUGUGGACUUCAACAGUCAAAUCUCUUCAAGAAAUUCCGCAGUGUCAGAGACAGGUAGUCCUACCAGUAUUUUAAGUGGAGUUAAAUUGCCAGUUAUUGCCCUUCCCAAGUUCCAGGGAAAAUAUGAAAAUUGGUUAGAGUUCAGAGAAACUUUCGAGUCUUUAGUUCAUAGCAAUGAGUCUCUGAGUUCGAUUCAGAAGUAUCAUUACCUUAGAGCCUCCCUAGAGGGAAGUGCAGCCCUUGUAAUCAAAGCAGUUGAAUUCACAAGUGCAGGUUACACAGUAGCUUGGCAAGUUUUAUGCGAUAGAUAUAAUAAUACUAGAUUAUUAGUUCAUAAUCAUAUCAAAUUAAUCUUCGGUUUAGAGUCUAUAACAAAGGAAAGUUCUUACAAGUUGCGUAAAUUAGUCGAUGAUCUGUCCAAGCAUUUGCGCUCACUAGAACAGAACACAAAAAAUUGGGACCCAUUAUUGAUUUUUCUAGCAGCAAGCAAGUUAGAUGCUAAAACACUCAGUGAAUGGGAAAAGCAUUCCUUAUCGUGUGAUAACCCGACGUUAGAAAAUUUACAAACCUUUUUGCGCAACCGUGCAGAUUUAUUAGAAACCCUUGAAUUUAAAAGCGGUUCCAGUAGGUACGUGGCAGAUGAAAACAAAAGGAAAGAUUUCCGACAAAGUUCCAAAUCCCUAGUUUCCAAUAAUUCUACGGCUUUGUCAUGUUUCUUCUGCAAAGAAUCUCACUCGAUUUAUAAAUGUGAAUCAUUUUUAGGUUUGUCAUUGGAAAAAAGAAUAGAGUUUGUUAAACAGGCCAAUCUCUGUAAUAUUUGUCUACUGAAUAACCAUUCGAGCAGAAAAUGUAGGUCCGGUCCUUGUAAAAAAUGCAAAGCUUGGCAUAACACUCUUUUACAUCCUGAAAAUGAAUACACAGCGGUUACCAAAGAAAGCGGCUCAAGUUCGAAUAACGUAAACUCUUUAGCCAGUGGCGUAGACGUCCUCAAUAAUUACACAGUGUUAUUGUCUACAGCAAAGGUUAUAGUUUUUGACGAGUCCAAUCAGCCCGUUUCGGUACGUGCACUGUUAGACUCUGGAUCGCAAUCAAGUUUCAUCACGGAUAGUUUGCGUCAGCGUUUGGGUAUAUCAACAAGCAACGCAAGCUUAAACGUUCUAGGUAUCUCAGGCAAUAUUUCAAAAAUCAAAGAGAAAUGCGUAGUAGAUCUAAACUCUCGGUAUGGUAAGUUUAAAGCGAGUGUUAACUGUUUCGUUCUUUCUAAUAUCACCAGUAUGACUCCAGCGUGGGGGUUUGAUGUUAGUUCGUUAAAAAUUCCUAGUGAUCUGCAAUUGGCGGAUCCCGAAUUCAAUAAGCCCGCUCCCAUCGAUAUGCUUAUCGGAGCAGAGUUGUUCUGGGAAAUCAUCAAGCCUAAUAAAAUUUCGUGCGGUAGGAACAAGCCAGUAUUACAGGACACGGUAUUUGGUUGGAUCGUCUCCGGUCGCGUUAGUAAUGAUAACAACGUUCGCAACACUUCAUGUCACUUGAGCACAAAUCAAGAGUUAUGUAGAAUACUGUCGAAGUUUUGGGAAACCGAAGAGUGCUCCGUUGUCAAGCCUUGGUCACGCGAAGAAAUUGAAUGCGAAACAAUCUUUGAACAAACCACUCGUAGAGACUCUUCUGGACGUUUCAUAGUCACUCUUCCUCUAAAGCAACAUCCUAGCUGUUUAGGCGAAUCACGUAGUCAAGCACAGAAGUUGUUCCAUAGUACCGAACGAAAACUAAGCAAAAACGAAUCGCUUAAAAUUCUCUAUACAAAUUUCCUCUCAGAGUACAUAGACCUCAAUCAUAUGAGUUUAGCUGAAGAGCAGAUAAACGAUGAUGUAUGCGAAUAUUUCAUGCCGCAUCACGGAAUUUUACGGGAAAACAGCAAGACUACACGUUUAAGAGUAGUUUUCAAUGCGUCAUUUCCUACCAGUAACGGAAUCUCUCUUAACAAUAUCCAGUAUAUCGGUCCAAUUUUGCAAGAAGACUUGUUGUCAAUCAUCUUGAGAUUUAGACAGCACAAUCCCGACCAGCCGCUGAAAUCAUAUACGCUAAACACGGUAACCUAUGGUCAGGCAUGUGCGAGUUACUUAGCAAUUCGUUGCCUUUUCGAACUAGCAAAAGUGUGUCAAGACAGCCAGCCAUACAUUGCGGAAAUCAUUCGCCGAGAUUUCUAUGUAGACGAUUUGCUUACAGGCGCUGAUACUAUUGAGCAUGCGCAGAGCAUUUGCGCUGAAGUUUCAUCUGUUUUACUAAGCGGGUGCUUUGAAUUAAGAAAGUGGUAUUCCAAUGAACCAGAAGUUCUAGCUAAUAUAGAUAACAAGGAUUCUCCUUGCGGGAUCAUAGAGUUCGGUCCUGGGGAAAACGCGAAAACGUUAGGAUUAACUUGGUCGUGUCUCAAUGAUAAGCUAUUGUACACGUUAGAGAAUCUCGAUGUCGGUAGUAGAUGCACCAAGAGGCUCAUUUUAUCCGUCACCAAAAUUCUGAUGCAAAGUUUAUGGCUCGAGAAGUUAGGAUGGGAUGAUGCGUUGCCCAGACAUCUAGCCGAUAGAUGGUUCAGAUUUUUAAACGAUCUGCCGAAUUUAGAGAAAAUUUCAAUAUCACGACGAGUAGUUUGCGACAACCCUCCACGUAUCGAGUUGCAUGGAUAUUGCGAUGCAAGCGAGCGUGCGUUCGGUGCAUGCGUGUACGUAAGAAGCAUCGACGUCGAGGGUAGGAUACAUGUCCAUUUGUUGACUGCUAAAAGCAAGGUGGCACCUAUUAAAACAAUAAGUGUGCCAUGUUUAGAGUUAUGCGGCGCACUAGUUCUUUCUCGAUUAGCGGACAAAGUUAAAAAAUCAAUGACACUCAAGUUUGACGAAUGUUUUUUAUGGAGCGACUCACAAAUCGUUCUUGCUUGGAUAAGCGCGAGUCCCAGUUCGUUGAAAGUUUUCGUCGCCAAUAGAGUUGCAGAAAUUCAGGGUUUAACUGCUAAUUGCGAGUGGCGUUAUGUACCUACGCGCGACAAUCCCGCAGACUUAGUAUCAAGAGGGCUCUAUCCAAGCGAGUUGUUGGAAUCACAACUUUGGUGGCGCGGACCGACCUGGUUGUGCCUAGAAAAAGGCAAUUGGCCGAAUCAUACUUAUGCAGUUGUCAACUUGCCGGAGCUAAGGCAGCAAACAUGCGUCGCUAUUAAAGAGUGUCAGGAAACCUUAUUUCCUUUCGAGAGAUUUUCAAGUUAUACCCAUUUGCUGAGAACGGUUGCUUACAUGUUGCGAUUUGCCAAAAACUGUAGAACGUUUCAGACUGAGCGUGUUUUCGGAUGUUUGUCUAAACAAGAGCUGAAUCGCGCUCGAACAAUUUUAUUGAGAAUAUCACAAAUUCAAUCCUUUCCCAGAGAAGUGUCUGAUCUAUCCCAACAUCGAAAAAUAAAUGGCAAGAGCAAAUUGUUAAGUUUGACUCCGUUUUCCGAUUCUGCUGGCCUUAUACGCGUCGGCGGCCGAUUAGAAUAUUCCGAUUUGAGUUUCAACAAAAAGCAUCCUAUAGUUUUGGAUUGCGCACAUCAUUUAACUAAACUGUUGUUUUCUUAUGAGCAUCUUCGCCACCUACACGUGGGUCCUCAUAGCUUGCUAGCCUUUAUAAGGGAAGAGUUUUGGCCUAUCGGCGGUAGAAAUAUGGCGCGCUCAAUCGUGAGGAAAUGCAUACGGUGCGCAAGACACAGAGGAGAAACAGUUCAGCCCUUGAUGGGAAAUUUACCGCGAGAAAGAAUCGUUCCAUCUCCUCCAUUUAGCUGCGUCGGUGUCGACUACGCAGGUCCCUUCAUUAUACGUCAUGGUUUAAGUAGAGGUCGCGGCGGCAAAUUGGAAAAGUGCUAUAUUGGAUUAUUUAUCUGCUUUGCUACAAAGGCUGUGCAUCUCGAAUUAAUUUCAAGUCUUUCAACGGAAUCUUUUAUGCAAUCCUUAAGAAGAUUUAUUUCCAGGCGUGGAAAGCCCAAAAAGAUAGUUUCUGACAACGGCAAAAAUUUUGUAGGUGCCUUUCGUGAAUUAGGCAAGUUUUUGUCUCAGAAAAAAGACGAAUUGACUUCUUCCUCUACUUGUGAGGGCAUUGAUUGGCAGUUUAUCCCCCCAUAUUCCCCUCACAUGGGCGGUCUUUGGGAAUCAAAUGUGCGAUGCGUAAAGUCACACCUGAAACAUGUUUUGUCCAAUACACACCUUACUUUUGAGGAGUUUAGUACUGUUUUAUGUCAGAUUGAGGCUAUUUUGAAUUCUCGACCUCUUUGUCAACUCUCCCCUGAUCCAAAUGACCUCAGUUCCCUCACUCCGGCUCACUUCCUCAUUGGCAGAACGCUGAUAGCUGCACCAGAAGAAAAUGUCACUGACACAAAGAUGAACCGUCUUUCAAGAUUCCAGUUAAUGCAGAAGAUCUGUCAGGAUUUUUGGAGAAGAUGGGAGCGAGACUAUAUCGUAGAACUUCAAUCCAGACAAAAGUGGAAAAGCGAGCAUGGUCAAUUGCUCGAAAAUCAAAUGGUAGUAAUCAAGGACGAUCAAUCCCCACCCACUGAAUGGCGUCUUGGACGAGUCAUAGCAUUACACAAAGGUCAAGAUGGCGUAGCUCGCAGUGCCUCAAUCCGAACAAGUGCAGGAGUUCUAAAACGGAAUUUCCAGAAGAUUUGUCCUCUUCCCGUUGAGAUUUGA